UUGCGCUAAAAUUAACAGCUGGUUAGUUUAAAUUUUCAGUGAGUGUAUUAGCAAUUUGUGUUAAUGACUGACAAAUUGUGAGUAAUUAAUAAUGAGUGUUGAAGAAUCACCAAUGGAUACUCUUGAUAUUGAUCAAAAUACGGCCAGAGAUUUGCUAAGUGAAGGUGGAUUUUUCUUGCUUUUAGAUUUACCUAUUGGUUCAUCAAUUGGAAUUGAUUUAAGUGAUUAUUCUGUUGGAGAAAAAUUUAAAGGAUUUAAAAUGAUACCACCGGGAUUACAUUUCAUUCAUUAUAGUGCUGUGAAUAGUAAGAAUAGGAACGAGAUUGCCCCUCGAACGGGACUCUUUCACUUCUUUCAACCUAAAGAAGUGAUUAUUCGUAAAUGGGAUGGUGGAAACGAAGACAUUUCUAGCGAGUUGUUGGACGCUGAUGAAUUUCAGCGCUAUCAAGACAAUUUAAUUGGUUCUUUGGACCAGCAUCUGGCUCCUUAUCCAUUUAGAGAGUACCAACGCUGGAUAAAUUUGACUAAUUAUAUCAGUUUGACCGUGUUAGAAAUUCUUAAUCCAAUUUGUGGAAAGAUUAAAUCAGUUACCGAAAUGAUUUCGCUUAGAUAUCCAGAAGAUGUUCAACAACCUGAGACAAGUACAAGUAAACGAUUGACUGUUGAUAACUUAAUGCCUUACAUGAAAGUCGAGCCUAAUUCACAAAUUCAAUUUACCCAGCUUUCAAAGUUACCAAAGCUUCCUCGUGAAGCAAUCAAUCCAAGUGAUUUGACAAAACAUUCUAUUGAUCAAACGUACACUCUCGAUGAGGCCUUGAAGAGAUACCAACAUACAAAUGAUAUCCUCGGUGAAUUACAAUUUAGUUUUGUCACCUUUAUUGUUGGACAAGUUAACGAUUCUUUCGAGCAAUGGAAAGCUAUGCUAAAACUACUAUGUGCUUCUGAUCAGGCUAUUAGCAAAUAUCCCUCUAUGUAUUUAAACUUCAUUCGAGUAUUCAGUUUACAGCUGAAGGAAGUUCCAGAGGAUAUUUUCGUCGAUAUUGUGGACAAUGAAAAUUUUCUUGUUUCCGUUUUACGUGAUUUCUUUUUCAAUAUUUUUUCGAACGAGAUGGUUGAUAGAAAGCUCAAGGAAGCAGCUGAAAGAUUUAAAAGACAAGUAACCGAAAAAUAUAAAUGGGAUUUUGAAGAAGAGCCAGAAGAUGAAUGCCCUGUUAUUGUGACAAUGGACUGAUAAAAACACUUUGAUGCAAAUUUGUAGCUCGAAAAAAAUUAGUUUUUAUUGGCAACAGAUCACCAAUUCUCUAUACAAUUAUCACAGUCAAAAAUUAUAUUACAUAACAAUUUGGAAUCAUCUUUGUGCAAGAAACAGAGUUAACGCUCAGUUUUCAAUUGGUUUGAUUCAAUUUCUUUAAACAUAAGGUGUUGGCGGAAUUGAAUCUGCUGAUCUCAAUCUAUCCGUUUUGACACCAUCAAAGGCUAUUGUGAAUAUGCUUUUCUUCGUCAUUAAAUCACUGUUCUUAAGAUGCAUUUUUUUAUCCAAUCGAUUCCUGCCGAUUCCUGAAUCUGAAUCUGAUCUGUCUGAAUGAUCAGAAUGAUCACCAAUCACGCUUCGACUUACUCCAUUGUGAUUUACCACGACUACUCCUGUAUUGACUUUUCCAGCCCCCAAACUAUCAGGAGACGAUUGUGCGGAAUAACUUGCCACAUUCCAUUGUUCUGAAUGCUCAUCUUUAUUUGAAUUUGACUCGCCAUUAUUGACUUCUUCUGAUCUGGAUACCUCAUCAUUCGUUUCAUUAAUACCAUAAGAAUCUAACGCAGAAUUCGGUCCACUUCUUGUGACAACUCCAUCAAGCAACCCCAUAUCAAUAUUUGAUCCCUCACUGGGACUUCGAUCAAACAGUUUACGCUCAAAGCUUGAAACACUUCCCGGUAAAUCACUGGUCUUUGAUGGUACUUUAUCAUCAUGUGGUUCGGUUUUAGUCGAGUUUUUGCUGCCAAUACUGUUGCUGCUUCUGCUACUGCUACUGCUGCUACUACUGCUGCUGUUGCCAUUUUUACCACUUUUAUAUGGCAAAUUGGAUUCAUCAACGUUAUGCAUUCGAUUAUGAUUGUCAUUCGAAGUAGACUGCGGGCUUAUAACUUCUAUUCUCGGUGGUAAAAUUGACUGAGAACUCCUUCUUGGUAUAUAUUCAUCAUCUGACUGAUCCCUAGGUAAUGGCUGUUUGACUUCAGUUGUUACAUUAACAUCCUCAAUGUCUUCUAAUUUAAUAUCCCGAAUCUCUGCUUCACUUACACUUCUAUAAUCACCAACUAAAUGAUCAGGGAACAGACUUCGUUCUCUCAGAGAUCCUCCUCUUUGGAUGCCUGGGCCUCUUGAUGUUCCAAUCGGCUGUUGAUCUGUUUUUUCUGAUGCUCCAGAUCGACGUGAAAAAAGAUAGUAGUUAUUAUUUACUGCGUUUGAUACAACAGUCCCUGAUUCUGGUUGAUUAAUUUGCAUGUCUUCGUCAUCGAUAGCAUUAUGACGGGGUAAGGGUCUUCUUAUUUUUGGUCGUCUCAUGAUAUAGUAUUCAGGAUCAUCUGUAAAGUCCUCUAAAUAAAUAGGUUCCGCUUCUCCGAUUACCUCAGGACUAACUCGAACUCUCCUAUUGCGGCCUAGCCGGACUCUCUUGAAUUGAGAUUGUUUUCCGACGGUUGACUCUCUGAAAUCUCUUUUUCGUGUAUCACUUGAACUUGUUACAUCUUCGCGGGAUUUGGAUGAAUCACGUUGGGGAUCAUCUUGCAUACGAUAUGCUUCAUUGACAAUUGUCUCAUGAUCAGAGACUUUCGUCAAUUUAGACUGUUGUAAAUAUGAACCAUUUUGUUCAGAAUGAUUUGUUGACUUAUCUUUCACAAUAAUCCUGUUUGUUGGCUCGAUGGAUUCUAACAGAGUUCUGUAAGGAAAAACGAAUGAAUCAGAAGCUGAAAUAAUAAAUAAAAGUUAAUGAUUGAAACUCACUUGGUUUUACGAUCGUUUCUAUAACAAGCACACCAAACAGCAAGAAGAACAAUAAGGAAGAGUAAAGUUAUAACAAUUAAAAAUAGUAAUAUCCACAAGACAAGCUCAUAAUCAUUCCUGUAAAUUGCCGCUGUUUGAAUGGUUUCACGUUGAACAGGAUCCUUGGGAACUGGAAGUUGACUUCCCGUUAGAUCAGUUAUUAUGACUCCAAGAUUGCGUAAAUCAACUAUAGUAUAUGUCGGGUAAGCGAUCCAAGCGUCGAUUUGGCUCGUUUUAGGUCCUAAUGGGAUGGAUUUUAUUGAAUAUAUAUGAACAUCAGCACCGGCUAAGCGAGUCAAUCCUCUGUUAAGUUCAAGAAAUAACAAUAUUCAGUGUUGGAGUAACUGCAAUCCAGAAAGUAUAAAAUAUUCAUCUUACCUCUCAAUAUCAAAUCUUUUAUCUCUAACUCGACUAUCAUCUUGAGGCACAAUAAAAGAUACAGUUCUAUUGA